AUGGUUGACGUACUUGGAACACAAGAGAACAUUGUUGUAAUGGAUUCGAAAACUAUCCAAAGUGGUAAUGUUGCCGAAAGUGAUGGUCAAUACUCCAAUUUGCCUCUUUAUAAUGAUAGUGCUGCUGGCUUUGAUGAAGGGUUUUUGAAUGGGCUUUCUGGAAGUGAGGUCUACCUCACCAAUAUCAAUGAAGGGGUUUUGUUUGGAUGGUCUGAUUGA